UCUGACUCUUUAUUUUCUCUGUGUCAGUUUCACUGACGUUAAUCUGUGGUUAGUUUCUGUAUCUUUGUGUUUUUCAGUGUCAGGAUUUUAUUUUGGUAAAAGUCACAUGACCUCAGCUGUCGCACUAAAAUUAACCCUUCAGAUGAUUGGCUGGAAGACAGACACACAACCAUCUACGGUAUCAGUGUGUGUGUGUGUGUUUCAUUCACAGCAGUGAAGAGGAAGAAACAACUGAACCGACCAGGCAGCAGGGCGGGGUCAUGUCGGUGUCUCAGAUCACCCCCACCCUGUUCCUCAGCGGCGCCGACGGGCCCCUGAACGCAGCGCUGGUGUCUCAGAAAGGCAUCACCCUGAUCGUCAACGCCACGCUGAGCCACGCCUGUCCCGCUUACCCGGGGGUGGAGUGUGUGCGGGUUCCUGUCUCUGACCUGCCCAGCGCCCGCCUGGGGGACCACUUCGACCGGGUGGCCGAGCGUAUCCAUGGUAACCGAGCGGGAGGCACGCUGGUGCACUGCGCCGCCGGUAUGAGCCGGUCUCCGGCGCUGGUGAUGGCCUACCUGAUGCGGUUCAGGGGGGUGACGCUCCGCCAGGCGCACCGCUGGGUGCAGGAGAGCCGGCCCUACGUCAGGCUGAACGCCGGCUUCUGGGACCAGCUGCUGCAGUACGAGAGGCGGCUGUACGGAAAGAACACCGUCAGGGUGGCGGCGGUCGACGAGGCGCCGCUCCCGCCGCCCCCGCUGACUCCGAGGACUCCGAGGACACCGAGGGUGACGAGGGCGACGCCACCGCAGCAGCAGAGGAACCGGUUAACGCUGGUGCCCAGGUCCCCCCUGAUGAGCCGAGCAUCACUGACCACAGGGUCACCUGUGAUGACCCGAGCUCAGGUGAUGACGCCGGGAAACAAGUCACAAAGAGGGACCAGAUCCAGCAUCAACAUCUGACCCCCCAAACAGAUCUGAACCACUGCCUACAUUAUCCACAAUGUACCAUCAUCCACUGACCUCAGCCUCUCCCUGAAGACACAGCAGCUCAGUGAACCUGAACCAUCUGAAGACGAACCCUGAAUAUCUCCAAAGUCUCACCUGCUGCAGUCAGGUUCAGGUGUGAAACAGGUGUGAACCUCUGAUCGAUGAACUCACCUGCAGGAGGAGGACACCUCCGUCAGGUCUGUCCCAGUCUGAAACCACCUGCUGGUCUGUGGGUUCAGACAGGACAGUUUGAUGCUCAGGACUCUGAGGAUCUGAGACCUUGUUGGACUCCUGAUGUUUAUUUGACCACAAUGAUGUGAUGGUGUUUAAUUUCUCUGCCAAUCAGAGAACACAUGAAGAUGAAAUCCUUCAGUCCUGAAGGUUUUAGAACCAGGUCCUGGUUUCACAAAGACUCUGAUUCAGUUCAUCAGGACUGUUUCUGAUCUGAACAUGUUUCAGGUUGAAGAUUUCGGACUCUGGACAGAGACGAGAGUAACAGCAGAGGGUUGGGAUGAGAUCAGACUGUUCAUCAGUUACAUUCACUCAGAUACAGUGGGAUUAUAUUCUGUGUCAAAUCAGAACUUCAUCGGAACUUGUCAGAAAAUACAGAGCUGCAGGAAGUCAGUUAGCAUGUUAGCAUGUUAGCACUCCCCGUUCCCUCGUCCCAGAGUCAGUGUGUUUCUGGUUAAAUGUCUGAAAUAAGGUCUGUGGUUUUAACUCAAGACAUUUUCAGGUUUGAUUCUCCGACAUAAAAUGGGUCAGUAAAUCCCCCACUCCUGAUGUUUGAAGCUUUUACGUGUCUUAAAAAAGGCGGUUGCUAACGAGUGUCUAAAUGAGACUACAGAGGUUGUCGGGGACGUUAACAUGAAAACCCAUCUACUCACCAGUCCACCUUUACAGCCUCGUUGUGUUUCUACUCACGCUCUUUCAAACUCUCACUAACUUUCUAAGAAGAAAGGCUUUUGUAGAAGAGCUCAGAGCUAAAUGAAAUGACCAGUUGGAAGCUUAGUGGUGGAGACGUUGACGUCAUGUGACCGUGGUGUAGUUGGUUUAUAGCCUAACAUUAGCUUCUUACUUCUGGAGGUUGGAUUUAGGCUUCAAACAUCAGAACAGUGGUGUUCAUCUGUGAAGAUUAUCUGAUCAACUAAACCUGGAAGCAUCAGAAACUUUAGUUGAUUCACACAGGUUUCUAUGAUUCAUCCAGACUAACUGUGAGCACGUCUUUGUGAAACCAGCUCUGGGUGUGUGACUGUGAUCUUUACUGUGUUGUGUACUUUGUCAGUGUUUCUUUACAAACAGGUUGCCUAAAUUAAAAACGCUAAAAUCCUCAUCCUCCUCAGAGAGCUUUAAUCAGCAGGUUUGUGUUGUGGACCAGGAUACCUGUUUCCAGCCUUUAUGCUCAGCUAAGCUAACCAUGUCUUUACUCCAGCUCCGCACUAAAGUUUGACAGUAAUAUUCAUCUUCUCUCAAAAUGUUGAACUAUUCCUUUAAAGUGAAGCAGGACUUCAGACCCUUUAGAACCUUGUCAACAGGUAGUACUGGAUUGAUUGUGUGUAAUGUUAGACCUCAGUAUAAAUCAGAGAUGAAGCAGGAUGCUCUUUGUGGAUAGUAAACUGGUAAAAAUGA